UGGGGUAGGGAAUUCCAUAGGAUGGGAGAGGCUCAGGAGAAGUCCUGGAGAUGAGCAUAUGAGGAGGUUACAAGGGAGCUAGAGAGCAGAAGGUCUUGAGAGGAAGGAAGAGAGCGAUUUGGUUUAUAUUUUGAGAUGGGUAGUGAUGUAGCUGGGGGCCGAGUUGUGGAUGGCUUUGCAAGUUGUUAGCAUUCUGAAUUUUAUUCAUUGGGUGAGUGGAAGGCAGUGGAGGGAUUGGCAGAGAGGAAUGGAGGCCAGUGGAGGGAUUGGCAGAGAGGAAUGGAGGCCAGUGGAGGGAUUGGCAGAGAGGAAUGGAGGCCAGUGGUGGGAUUGGCAGAGAUGGGUGGAGGACACAAUGGAGGCCAGUGGAGGGAUUGGCAGAGAGGGAUGGAGGCCAGUGGAGGGAUUGGCGGAGAGGGAUGGAGGACACUGAAUGGAAGCCAGUGGAGGGAUUGGCAGAGAGAGAUGGAGGACACGGAAUGGAAGCCAGUGGAGGGAUUGGCAGAGAAGGAUGGAGGCCAGUGGAGGGAUUGAUUGGCAGAAAGGGAUGGAGGACACUGAAUGGAAGCCAGUGGAGGGAUUGGCAGAGAGGGAUGGAGGCCAGUGGAGGGAUUGGCAGAAAGGGAUGGAGGACACAAUGGAAGCCAGUGGAGGGAUUGGCAGGGAGGGAUGGAGGCCAGUGGAGGGAUUGGCAGAGAGGGAUGGAGGACACUGAAUGGAAGCCAGUGGAGGGAUUGGCAGAGAGGGGUGGCAGACAUGGAAUGACUGUCGAGCUGAGAGAUGACCAGGGA